UGCAGAGAAAACGUGAAAAAGGCGCGCGUAAUGUUAAAAAAAGAGGAAGUAGAAGGGAAGAGGUCACAGACUUUACCGCGGAGGAGGCGCUUCGGUGGUUCUGGAGAUCCUGAAACGAAUCGACAGCAGCGCAGAGAGAACGCUACAGGUGGACAGUCCUCAAAACGUGGUUCCAGUGACGCUGGAGCAUCUGGUGGAUGUACAAUGGCAGACGGAAAGCAUUUUGUGGACAAACACAGAGUCCAGCUGAUCCAGAGAGUGAGCAACAUCGCACCCAUUUUGGAUGAGCUCCAAGACAAAGAAGUUAUCGACCAAGAACAAUAUGACAAAAUUAGAGCUCUGCCUACCUCUCAGGACAGGAUGAGGGAGCUCUACAGUGGUCCCCUGAAAGCCAGUGCAGCCUGCAAAGACAUCUUCUAUGAAAGCCUUUUGGCAAAUGAGAAAUUUCUCGUUGAAGACCUUUCAAAGAAGUAAAUGUGUUGGGAAAAAAA